AUGUAAACAGUGUAGCACGUGAGCAUGUCCUGCGCAGGAAGAGGUUUUUGUAGCUAGUAGGUCAAAAUAAGUCUGUCAUGAACACAGAUGAAAACCAGGCGUAGUGAUAUUUAGUAGCCAUGAGACUGUACCAGGCACUCCGCAGUGCGGACAGAUUCAGAACAGUUUUCGACUUCGGCGGACGGGAUGUGGCUCAUUGGUUCCCCGGACACAUGGCUAAAGGGCUGAAGCAGAUGAGAGCCAGCCUCAGGAGCGUGGACUGCAUCAUAGAAGUCCAUGAUGCCAGAAUCCCCUUCUCUGGAAGAAACCCUGUGUUUCGGGAGACUCUAGAUGUCAGACCACAUGUGCUGAUUCUCAACAAGAUGGACCUUGCUGAUCUGUCCAGCAAGCAGAGAAUCCUGGCGAAGCUGGAAGAAGAUGGGGUGAGGAAUGUCCUCUUCACAGACUGUUUAAAGCAGAGAGAUGACAACAUCAAAAAGUUGGUGCCAAUGGUGAUGGGAAUUAUUGGGAGCACACAACGUUUUAACAGAGAUGAGAAUACAGAUUACUGCCUGAUGGUGAUUGGUGUGCCCAAUGUGGGGAAGUCAUCUCUUAUUAACUCAUUAAGAAGAACAAAUUUGAAAAAAGGUCGUGCAUCUCGAGUAGGUGGGGAGCCAGGUAUAACCAAAGCGGUGCUGACUAAAAUUCAGGUGUGCGAGCGACCCAUAAUUCACCUGUUGGACACGCCAGGAGUCUUGCCUCCUAAGAUUGAGAGCGUUGAAACGGGCAUGAAGUUGGCUUUAUGUGGAACUAUACUGGACCACUUAGUCGGUGAAGACAUUAUCGCUGACUACUUACUCUAUUCUCUGAACAGGCUGGGGAAAUUCAGUUAUGUGGAGAAAUACGAACUCCAGGAGCCCAGUGAUGACAUCCAUCACGUCCUCAAACACAUUGCUGUAAAACUUAAAAAGACUCAACGGGUCAAAGCCAUUACUGGAGUGGGGAACAUUACUGUCACCAUCCCAAACUACACAGCCGCAGCAUACGAUUUCAUACGAGCUUUCAGGAAAGGAGAGCUGGGACGAGUAAUGCUGGACUGACCCGAGCCAUUUUAAUGAAGAUAACCAGAGACUGUUGCUGGAUUUUGCCAGUUUGUCUUCAAUCUGGAAGGAUUCAUAUUAAACCACAAAGGUGUCAUUAAUGAAAUAUAGUCCGCCUAUGUCCUCAUGUGUUUGACAUUUUAGGGGACAUGAUGCAGUCUGUCUUUUUUUAUGAAUGAUGUAAAAACUCACACAAACACUGUAUCCUUUGUAAAUAAAAAAAAUUAAUUUGAAACAGGAUAUUUAUUAGCAUAAAGACAGCGAUAACAAAUUCUUUAUUUAUCAUGUACAUAAGUGUAAUGGCAUAUAAUAGAGUGCACUUAUUGAUAUGGAACAGUCUGUUGCUCCUGAGUGUCUACUGCAGGUAAAAAGCUCUUCUGGGAUGAUGGACACACUAUGAAAACCUUCAGAAACAUUAGUAACAGUGAGAGCAGAAGUUUGUCCUCUAGUGUCCCUCCCAACCGUGACGUGGUUCUUGCAAAGGCUUGAAAAAUGACGUUUUGCAACGUUUGACGCAAAUGACGCAACGUUUCAGGCGUUAUAAAAAGGACAUGAAUUGCACUGACAUUUGAGAUGAUUCUGGAAAACGCAAUUUAGCUUUCCCAGUACACAGUACUCUCAUUUGCCUCAUCUUAUUGUAGAGUAUCAUCUUUGUGGACACAUCAGUGACUGGCACCAUGAAUCAUUCAGAUCACUGAGUAAGAUUGUGAAGUUUUGCAGAAAGAAAAACUGGUCACAAUCUGAAAAAUACUCUCAUUUUCCUUUAAAAAAAAAAAAGUCCAGUCAAGGGUUGAAAAAAUUACAGGAAGCAGUUUUAAUUUCAGAAUAACGCUGGUGCAAACUUG